AUGCCAACCUUAGGAGUCGCCGGAGGGACAUCUCCCAGCCUCGGACGAGCAAUAGUAACAGCCCUUUUGUCCGCUCCCCACGGCUCCCGCUGGAAUAUUGUCGUACUGUCCCGCUCCGUCCAUAAGCCCCUCUGGCUGCGUGCAGUUGACCCAGACGGAUUCCGUACCGAGAUUCGUGCGGUGGACUACCUAUCCCAGGACUCACUGAUUCCAGCACUCAAAGACGUGCACACACUGAUCUCGCGAGGUGCGCGCGGUUUGCCCCCUCCCAGUGGGGGGUUUGGCCCUACAGGUUGGGAGAUGGUUCCUGCCACAGCGGCGACAGUCGCGGGUGUGUGGGACGAGUGCAUGAAAUUCAAAGAUAGUAUCGAGUGCACUAGGUUCAACCACGGCUGCUUCAUGAAUUACCUAGGGCAUGGAAUAUACAGUCCGCUGUCUGAUUCUGCUCGGGGAAGCGAGGAAGAGCAGCUCAGGCGGCUACGUGAGGGUAACGGAUAUGCGAAAGGUGAAGAUGAAGCCUGCGAGGGUCUCCAAAGGAAUGGUAAUUUCAAGGAUGGCUCGGGGGCGUUCCUUCUCUCGAUGAGAAAUGGCACCGCCGAGCUUCCUCAGAGGGCCGAUGGGCAAUGGCCUCUCAUAACGUUGACGACUAUGAAGGAUAUUGGGCGGUUCGUCGCGCAAGCUUUGGAGCUCCCCAAGUGGGGGAGUAGUAUGACAAUGGUUGGUGAAACGCUCACAAUGGGGGAACUGCUCGCGCAUGCGGAAGCCGUUGCGAAACGGAAGUUUGAUGUUAAGGUCCUGAAGAGAAGGGAGCUGGAGAGACAAAUAUCGUCCAUCGAAGCAGGCGAUUACAUGCAGUGGCUGUGGGCGGAGCUUCAGCUUGCGUACUGCAAAGAUCUCCCUGACGUAGGGUAUGUUGAGCCAGUUGCGAACAGGAUGUGCCCGGAAGUCAAGCCUACUUCGGUCCGUGAGUAUCUGGAAAAGUUCUCCAGGGGUAGUUAG